AUGUCUUCUGAACAACAAGCACAAUCCGAAUCAUCGAAUUCCUCCAACAUUGACAGCACUGGAAGCUUCGUAAAUCUUCCUCGAGAGCUCGAUGAUAUGAUAUGGUCUCAAGUUCCAACCGGCGAGAAACAAUUCAAAAUGAAAAUCAAAUUAUCUGGAAACCCCAACCGCUUGGUUUUGAACGCAAGAGCCGUAAUUCUUUCCCACCACAGACACAUGUUCGAUUAUAAGAUCACAAAUCCUCAGAUUGUCAACACCGCGAAGGACACCUUUAUGUUCAAUGGGAUCAGUCAGUUAAAUGAGUAUGUUCAGCAUACGGGAGCUACUAUCACCCAAACUGGUGCGGUGGAAUCAGAGCCUGCGUGCUAUCCAACAAUGCAGAACCUAGUAGUCACACUAUCCCUAGAUAUUGGAAACCCAGGCUCAGAACCAUAUUUGGUCUGGCUGAACCGUCUUCGCGAGGAAAUUGAUUUCAACAAGUCUAUCUUGGAGAAAAUUUUACGCGAGCUUCUAGAGUCUGUCAGCAAGGUACAGAGUCUCAAAAAGAUAUAUCUCCUGACUGAAGAGGAGCAGAUGCCAGGACCCAGACUUGUUGAGCGGAUUGAUGGUAGGCUCAUGGAUCUUUUUGCAGAAGACGAUGAGUUGCAAAGACGCUAUGGGGAGGGUCUAAGAAUGCCAGAAGUUGUGUGCCUGACGAAGAUGGAAUUUCCAGUGGAGUUGGUGAGAGUAGCUCGCAGAUACGCUAGACCAUGA